AUGUUCAUCGCCCGAUCGGAAUAUGGUAACACCUUCUCUCCGGAGGGGCGUCUCUUCCAGGUCGAAUACUCUCUUGAAGCUAUCAAAUUGGGCUCCACUGCGAUCGGUGUAGCGACCUCGGAAGGUGUCAUUCUGGGCGUGGAGAAGCGCGUCACCUCCAGCCUCCUCGAGGCUUCCUCCGUUGAGAAAAUCGUCGAAGUCGACCAGCACAUUGGCUGCGCCAUGUCCGGUCUGCAGGCAGACGCCCGGUCCCUGAUCGAGCACGCCCGCGUCGAAUGCCAGAACCACGCCUUCCACUACGCCGAACCCCUCAGAGUCGAGAGCUGUACCCAGGCGAUCUGCGAUCUGGCGCUGCGGUUCGGAGAGACGGGAGAUGACGAGGAGAGCGUGAUGAGCCGGCCCUUCGGUGUCGCUCUGUUGCUCGCCGGUAUCGAUGAGGAUGGACCUCAACUAUACCACGCCGAGCCGUCGGGUACAUUCUAUAGAUACGAUGCCAAGGCGAUUGGCUCCGGCAGCGAGGGUGCACAGGCGGAGCUGCAGAACGAAUACCACCGCUCCUUGACGUUGGCGGAGGCAGAGACUCUGGUUCUGAAGACGUUGAAGCAGGUCAUGGAGGAGAAGCUGGACGCGAAGAACGUCCAGCUCGCCAGCGUGACCAAGGAGAAGGGAUUCCGCAUCUACAACGACGAGGAGAUGGGCCGGGCUGUUGCGCAACUCGGCGGGAACCAAUGA